CUUCGCCGCCAGAGGUGCGCCGGCCCGGCUGCGCCCGCUGCGCCCGCUCGCCCGACCCCGACCCCGUGUCCCAGCCGCCCCAGCACCGGCAGCAGGGUUCCCGAGGACAGGACGACGCGCAGGGCCUGGAUGAGGUCCGCGGCCCGCCACGCCCCGCCACCGCGAGGCCCCGCGGCGCGUCAGUGACACGCAUGGGGCCGCCCUUCACCGAGUGCUGCGAUGCACCGGGGCUCGCCGCCUCGCCGCAAGCCGGAGCGCGCCGCCACGCUGCCUAGCGGAGCGAGUCGGAAGCCCCACCGCCGCCCCCCUGGGUCCGCUGGCUCCGCCGCCGGCGCCGCCCCUGCCCCCUCGGCCGCGCGCGGGCGUGCCUCGGGCGCCUCCUCGCGCAGGGCGCCCAAGCCCCGCCGCUCCAGGAUCAAGCAGUCCGCCUCGGCGCUGCCCCGCGCCCCGCGGCCGCCGCGGCCCCAGGAGCCCUUCACGCUGGCCGACGUGCUGCCCACCUGGAGGCCCACGCCCAAGGACACCUUCCCCAAGGACCUGCGCCGCGCCGACAAUGUCCUCCUCGCCCUGGGGCUGAAGCCCGCCAACAGCAGGGUCGCCGAGACCUUCUUCAGGACCGCCUUCGCAGGGCGUGGCAGGAUGCACGGCAUCAUGGAAGGCCCCGGCGAGGAACUGACUGUGGCGGCCAUUGCGACGGAGGGCUUGGACGACGGCCACCCCCACCUCAACGGGGUGAGCACCGCCCUCCUGGAGAACGGCGCGCCCUCGCCACCGGCGGCCUCUAAGGACACCGCCUCCGUGUCGCCGGCAGCGGCGGGCGACGCCACCCCCGGACAGCCGUCGCCGCCCGUGUCGCCGCCUGCGGCGUCCCCCGCGGCCUCGACAUCCGCCCCCUCGUCGCCAGUGGCCCCACCUCCGCCGGCCUCGCCUCCGUUAGAUAAGAAGGAAGCUUCCCCUCCAGCAGUGUCUUCCCCUCCGCCAGCGGCUUCCCCUCCAGCGGUGGCUUCCGCUCCAGAAGAGGCCUUCCCUCUAGCUUCGGCCUUCCCCGCAGAGGAAGCUUCUCCAGCGGAGGCCUCCCCUCCAGCGGCGCCUGCUACGCCAUCCUCGGACCACGGCGCUGAUGACGGUGACGCCGACGCUUCCGCUACCAAGGAAGAAGCGCCCGCGGAGACGGUGGUGGCCUCGCCGACCGUCACCGACGACGCCUCACCCGAGGUCGAAACCGCCAAUACUGAAGCUAUCGAUGCCGUCAAAGAUGAAGAAGAGAAACCCGAAGAACAAGCAACACUCGACGAAGUUUCAGACAACCUCACCCCGAUAGAUGACAGUAACAGUGCCAUUGAUGAUGUGGACGAAGCUGAAGCUUGUGGGAAGCCAACAGACGAAUCUAAGGAAAAAUCUGAUGAAGAGAUCAGAAAUGAAGAUGAAGUUUUGAAUGAGAUUUCCAAGGACUGUGUAGAAAAGCCUAGUGAAUCAGUCCUGUGCAAAAAUAUCAUCAAUGGUGAUGUGAGUGUGAAGGUUGAGUUGGAAAGUCUGGGCAACAGUGGAGAGAUACCCAAUUUGAGUGAUGUUCAGAAAGAGAUGGGUUUAGAAAAUGAUGCUCAUCAAGAUGAAGAAGCUUGUGGCAGCUCAGAGAGUGAAACUUCCACUCGAGACAAUGUUAGUGGAGGCAGUGAAGAUUUUAGGAUGGAUGUUGACCUACCCUCUACAGAUGUCAAAGCCGAGGUCAUUGAAGAUCAAGAAAAGUCUACAGACUCUGGUAUAGUAUCUGAGCAGCAGCCAUCAAGAAAAAUUACUCAGAAAAGGUCAAGUGGUGAAGAUUUAUCUGAAAAUCAGGCAAAAAAGCAGUGUUUACCCGAUAUUGUCUGUGGGGAUGCCAAUGCCCUUGACUUGAGUGGAAUUAAGAAGAAAGAUAUUAAAGAGCCAAAGAUAGCCCUCAAACCUCAGUCCCUUCUACUAAGCAAAUUGCAAGGCUUUACUGAUUUGGAAAAAUCAAAGAAAGAGGUGUAUAGGAGUGAUGAUUCUGCCUUAAGACUGGGAGAGUCUGUACCACUUAAGACGUCUCGAAGGCGUUCAUCACGGGAAGAAAAGGAUUCUAGACCGUCAAAUUACCAGAGAAGGACCGGUGAGAGUAAUGCAACACGCGUCUUGGAUAGGGAUCAAGUACUUCGAGAGAUGAGAACUCGGGUGAGGAGCUCGUACAAAGAAAGAGAAAGAGCUGCUAAAGAAGAAAAUAGCCUGUUGCGAGACUUACUUGAGCCAGAGAGGGACACACUAAUGACUGAUUUUGUAGAAGCUGCUACUCAAAAUGGUGGGAUUACUGAGUUAGAUAGAGUAUCAUCUUCCCUUGAAGCUGAAAUAAGGCAGUUGACUGUUGAAAUUAAUGCAAAAGAAGCAGAGUGGAAUGACUUGAUUAGAAAAAAGAAAAUGAAAGAGGAAUUGGCUCUCAGAGUUCGACGUAGAAAACAGGUGCUAACAUUAACUGGAGAUAUGGAGGAGGAUUUAGUGAGGAGAAACUCCUAUGAGGAUGAGUCUCGUGCAGAAAGCAAACGGGACUCACACCUGGACUCAAGGAUCGAGAGACGGCAAGAUUCUUAUCGUGAGGUGACAUCAAAAACAGGAGAGGAGUUGUUAGCGGCGGCCCUUCGAUUAGGAUCAAGAAAUGUUGAAGAUUAUCAUCAUCGCAAUAGCAGCUCAUCACCUUUGGCGGUACGCAUCCAAGCAAGAGCUAAUGAGCUCCUCACAGAAAGAAAGUCAAGUGGACCUCUACCAGGAUUAUCACACAUGCAGACCCCGUCAUUACUUCAGUCCCAGCUAACUAAGCCGACUGAAAUCCCACCCAGCUCAUCCCAGUCGCAGUUUUUGUUGCAGCAUUUGCAGCGACAGCGAGUUCUAAUGGGUGCGGUCAGCAGCACUGGUUCAGCAUGUCGACUCUCUCCCUCUGUAUCACUAUCUGCUAUAUCCACACCCACUAGCACUUCUUCAGCCCUCAAUGCUUCUCUACCCUCAGCUGCGGUUCACAAGAACUUAUCCCGUGCUGAGAAGCAGCUGAAUGCUGCCACUGCUUCAAGGAUACAGAGACCCAUUCUGCCUAAGCCCAGCACUGCUACCAGUGGGGGUCACGUGGUAAGUGAUUCUUCACCUGAUGGCAGUGGGAAAGGCAUCAUCGGUGAGGGUCGUCAGGGUCCCAUCAUUGACGUCCAGUCCAUCAUCGCUGAUUAUCGUUCCCAACAUCCGGAGAAUGUCCCCAGGCGUGGCCGACGGAUGAAAUCAUCAGGCAUGGUCUCUGACAGCAUUCUGGCUGGUGCCAGGCCAGGUAGUAGCAGUGGGGGUGGUUUGCUCAGCAUGUCUUUGCCCGCUCUCGGUUCGGGUGCCCAUGUAAGGACUGGAUCUAGCGGCUCACUACAUGGUGGUGCUCCUGUUGAUUUAUCAGAGCUUGGGUUUGUCUUGAGCUCUGGGGCUGGAAGUGAUGGUCCAUCUCGACCAUCUAGCACUGAAUCCUCCUUGAGUGGAGCUCCAUCUCAGAUUAACCCAGAAACAGGCUCUGGUAUGAGCUUUAAAGAUGUGUUGGUGCAGUUUGCUAAGAUGACAAAUGCAAAUGACCACAACUCUCUUAGCAAUCAAUCUGCCCUGCUUGCAAGACCUCCACCUCCUCCAUAUCCCGAAGUCACCCUCCAUCCUGUCGUGGCAACCGCAUCUGUUCCUAGUCCAGUGCCAGCGACAAGCACUCCUACAUCAUCCUUGCUUCAUGGCAUCCUAACAAAACCUAAUACCCAAUCCUCCGGUAGCGGCAGCCAAUCCCAUGCCAAACCUGCAACAUUUUCCCCAACUCUUGCUCGCCUCUUAACUGCCCCAGAGAGAAGUUCAUCAUCUGCACACCACAAUAGCUCAGCUUCUGUUUUGCCUCAUUAUCAAACUCCAACUGCAUCUAGCUAUGGCACAGCAGGUCCUGUGCUACUUAGUGAUCUUUUAUCUGGUGGAUCCUCCAAAAAGGCACGAAGUGAGCUAACUAUCACACCAGUAUCAGCUUCUGCUGCUGCUUCUUAUGCCCUUCAAAAUUCAUCUUCAAAUAUUAGACUGAAAAGAAAUAAUGUUGUUGUUCUUGAUGGAGAGGAUGGCGGUGAUGAAGGCGAUGUUGACACUGAUUCUGAUGAGCGCCGCUUGGUGAUAGAUGAAGGCGACAAUAUGGAAAAUGGAGAGAGCCCUGAAACGGAUGGAAGACUUGAUCGAUCUAAAAAUGCAGUCCCUCAUUGUCAAGGCUGCAAUGAGAGAGACGCUGAAUUUGUGUGCGCUGGAUGUCAAAGACAAUGGUAUUGCAGUCGAGAGUGCCAGAUCGCAGCAUGGGAUGAACACUCAGAACAAUGCUUCCCUGCGUAAAAUGAUUACUGAAAUUGUGAUGUUUAGAUUAUAUAUUUCAUAACUUAGAGUGAGAGGAAAUAUCCUCUUAUUUAUCAUUAAUUAAUUCAUCAUUUCAGUCAUCCAGACGUUCAUUGAUGCCUAGUAUAAUGGGCUGUCCUAUUUCAUCAUUUAUUUAUGGCAUUUGUCUGAUAUUGUUUGAAUAUUUGUAAGAAUGAGUGAUCUGAUUUCUUAUCACUCCAAAUUAAAGCAGUGUUAUGCUCUGUGUUAAGUUUCUAACUUUGUACAAAGUGGAAAUGUGAUCCUGCUGUCACUUUUCAAAUACAUUACCUAGUCCUUGUGUAUCAUUUACCAUGUAUGGUUAAAUCCUUGCUCAGUAAACUUUUCUCUGAGUUAAAUUUCUUGUCUUGGGAUAUGUUGUGCCAUGAGGCUGCUAUUCUCUCAUGGAUCUUCAAUACUGCCUAUAAAUAUUUUUCAAGUCCAUCAGUUGUUUGCAAUUUGUGUGAUAGCUUUAAAUUAGUAGUUGUAUAUUCCUCAAUGUUUUUAAUUCAUUAUUGUGUCAAAACUUGGCUUAGGCAUUUGUGUGUGUCCCACUGGCAUUUUGAUCUCAACCAUAUCACUGUAUUUCAGAAAACUAUGUUCUGAAAUCUUCUGAACAAUUUUCACUGGUAGUUUGUACCUCAACCUAUGAACAUAAUUUGUUUUACAUUGUCAUGGACUCUUGAGAAAAACAUAUGCAUAUGACUGGAUUGUCACAAUGUAGUCAUGGUCGUUCUUUUCAAAGUCUUGGGUGGUAGCUCAAUACCUUAUAAACAAAAUUUAUUGUUAAAUGUAAUGUUCUGUGCCACUGAAAAUAUUUUGGGUGGUACAAAAUAAGUGUCCUGCCUUAAGGGUGAUAUAGUAACAAGUCUCAGUUCUUUGAUUUUGUUUAUUGUUUUGUUGUUUUUAAAUGGCAUAUCCCAGCCAGAGAGACUUCAUGUUAUACCUUGUUUUAUUUUGUCUCUUAAAGACUAAUUAGGUGCCAAAUAAUUUGUAAAUUUGUUUAUUUUCUGUUAUUGAUUGGGUGUUAAGAAAGGUGGAGACUCGUUAACUUAAAAGCUAGCAUUUCUCCAGUGACUGAAGUAGGUCAAGAAACAUUAUUUUGAAUUGUCAGUUUGCAUUUAUUUCUACCGAAACAUGUGACAUGACAGUGGUUAAAUUUAGAACCCAAUUCUUGUGUUGUUUUUUUUAAAGAAAGAGGCUAUAAGGGGCAUAGCAAUAAAUGUGUGGGUGUCAUGUAUAAGCACUGUUCAGUGAUAUGUUGAACCAAGAGCUGCUCAGCUCAGCAUUGUUAUUUGAUUUUUUUUAAAUUCAUUGUUUUCUUCAUGAUUGAUACCAGCAAUGAAAUAAGUUCCAAUUUUCAUGUAUCAACAGUGAAAAUAUUCUCCUCACCUCCUUGAGGUAAGAACUGAUUUUUGACCAUUGGCUCAAAAACAUGAAGUAGCCAGGCUACUUUUUUGAGGCAAAGAAAGGAUCGUUACUGAUAUUUUAUUUGUUGAUGUUCCUGUAAAAAUUGUUUUGUUUUAAAGGCAGAGUCCUAUUACGAUAAGUUCAUAAAUUUAGCCUUGGAUGCGUGAGUUUUAAUUCUUGAAGGAUAUUUUGUUGGUCUGUUGGAAAUUUUGGCUGUAAACAUUGUAAAUUACUGUCUAGUGAGCCCCUACAUUAUGUGAUGCAAUGAGUUAAAUUUCCUUGAAUGUGCUUGUGCAGUCAGGAUAUAACAACCUGUAACUUUAUUUGCCAUGUAAACUCUACGUUAGCCCAAUUUUCACCUACCCUGGUGU